GGCCACGCCGACUCGAUGGAGGGCGAGAUCGUUCGGACCCUCAACGAGCUGCACCUCGGCCAGCCCUGGCACCCCGCCAGCCAUCCUCAGUCCAUCGCUGCGGGCCAGCGGCUGGCCCAGGACAACGUUCGAGACGCAGUCCGACGGUUCGGCUCUCCCCCGGAGGGAUUGACUGGCUCAGGAGCCCUUGAGGAGCUCCGAGCUCUCAGCGACUAUGCUGGCGAGAGCGCCACCGUCGCUCCGCUCGACUUUGAUAAUAUCAAUAGUCUCUCGCUUCCAGACGAGGGUUUCAAGCCCGUGCCGCUUGACGCGCUGGGAGGGGAUGCUGGCCGUAAGAUAGCCGAGCGGCUUCAUGGUAUGAUGUUGUCCCAGUCUGAGGGUCGUGCUCGGAUCGAGUCUGAGGGCCCCGGGAAGCUCUACACCGACCCGGCGCUGAGGAACCCCAAGCUGUAUGUCCAGCUGCUGCGGAUCCUCGAGCGUCGGAAUCUUCUCGGCUUCUACAAGGACAAGUGUUGCAACGUAGGUGCCUUCUCCGUUUGCAAGAAGUCGGGUAAGCUGCGGCUCAUCCUGGAUGGCAGGCACGCCUCUCUGCAGUUCCAGGUCCCCGACAAGGUCGAUCUAGCGUCGGGUGCGACUUUCGCCGGCCUCCACGUGGACGGGGGCAAGCCCAUCGCUGUGGCGGAGGUCGACCUGGCGGACGCGUUCUACACGAUGCUGCUGCAUCCGAAGUUCAGGAGGUACUUCGCGCUACCUGGCUGCCGCGCGGGGUUGCUGGGCCUCGAGAGCACCGCGGACGGGCGGCGCUUGGCGGGGACCGACCUGGUGUACCCGUGCUUCAGGUGCCCCCCGAUGGGCUGCUCCUUCAGCCUGUGGAUCUGCCAGGCGAUGCUGGACGGGAUGGCUCUGAAGGUGCCCCAGCUCUCCCUCGCGAACCGCUUCGUGGACCGCCGACCUGUGCCGCAGGUGUCCGAGGGUGUGUUUCAUACCGAGUGCGUGGACAAUGCGAUCAGCCUCUCUACAGACUUGGAGACGGCGGCCGCCGCUGCGUCGGCCGUGGACCCGAACCUUCGUGCAGCGGGACUCCCUACUCACGGAGUCGAGUGCAGUUUUGGCGCCGUGGCACUGGGCUGGCAGUUCGAAGAGAAGUCUCCGAUUAUCGGGCUGAACCCAGCGCUCCGCUGGAAGCUGAGGUUGGCCUUCGUGGAGCUGUGCCGGAAUGGAUAUGCCUCGGGCAAGACGAUCUCGCGCGCGGAGUCCGAGAUGUCGCAUCGGCCCCACGCCUUCAAGUCGGCGACCUCCGCCGACCCCUUCACCCCUGAGUCGGUCCUCACCAUCGACUGCUCCGGGAACCCGAAGGCCCCGAUCAAGGAGUCCCUGGAGGUGCCCGUAGAGGAGCCCGUCAAGGAGUCCAUGAUGAAGGGGGUGCACGUGGAGGAGGAGAUGGUCAAUGACAUCGAGAUGGGCCGCGUGUGCCGGCAGCUGGCGGCCCUUUCGUUGGCUAGCGGCGCUGCCUUCUUCUGGCGCUGGGUCACUUCGGAGAGGAACUCGGCCGACCGCGCCUCCAGGAACCUGCCGGGCGUGGGCUACGCGUCCGCGGCGGCCGACCCCUGCUGCCUCGGCGCUGCCGCUGGCCGCCCCAGCCGUGUGAGCGGGCACGGAGGACCUGCUGGCGAGAGCUGGGCCGACAUCGGGCCCCCGCCCGGCCUCGAAGAGGAGGCGAGGCAGCCCCGGGGCUGGAGCUGGCGGGAUCGGCUCCAGCGGUCGUUCCUCGAGCUGAAGGCCGUGAAGGACAGGGCCACCUUGAGCUACCAGGCCCGAUGCCGAGCUUUCCUGACUUGGUCGACGAAGGCGCGCCUGUCGGUGGCGAGCAUCACGGACCUGUGGGCCGACUGGAAGGUGGCGAACGACUCCCUGGCCGCCGCCCGAACGGCCGUGCUGACUUCCGUCCUCGGCCUGGGGCCGUCGGAGACGCUGUCGCUGCGCGUCCAGUCAGUCGUGCAGUCGGUCCGGGCUGGUCCACAGCAUCUGGGCAUGUACUCGAUCCUGCUGCUUCCCGCGAAGCUCAGGGUGAUGUCGAAGACCCAGGGCCGCGACACCAGUCUCCAGGUGGACAACCAGGAGUUCAGCGGGGUCGACCCGCUGCUGGUUUGCCUCGUGGAGAGACGUGCGGUCGACGCGCCCCUGCUCUACCUGGACAUGAUGUUCUGGGUGCGGGCGCUCCUGCAGGCGGGCGCCGCCCUCGGACUGGGUGCCCUCAGCCCUCCAAUGCUGUGCCAACUGCGCCACGGGGGGGCCAGCCCCGGGUGGCCGACGAACGCCUGGGAGUUCGGCAACAUCCGGAAGCGCAGGCAGGGGGAGGCCGUCAGGAGCCUCAUGCAGUACGCGAGAGACGGUCGAGUUCAAGUGGAGCUGCGGCACCCUGUGCAGAAUCUGAGCUCCUGGGCCCACCUGACCGACUCGAAGGUGUACCUGGAGAUCUUCAGUGGCUCUGGGAACUGGUCCCGGGCGCUGCGGCGGAGCAUGACUUCUCGCCUGGCGCCGCGGGUCUUCGAGCUGGACGUGGAAUAUGAGCCCACCGUCGGUGACCUCAGCCGACGGCGAGCCCAGUGCGUGGUGCGCGGGUGGCUCCGUGGUGGCCUGCUGCAGGGCGUCUGGCUUGGGAUGCCCUGCAGCUCCUGGUCACGGGCAAGGAAUCGGCCCAACGGGCCACCACCCCUGCGGGACGCCGCCCACGUGCUUGGCCUGCCCAACCUGUCGUCGGCUGACUCCCUCAAAGUCGAGACGGGCAACAG